AUGCAAAGUAAAAAGUACGUAACGAGAGUAUACACCUGGGGUGCUUCUGAUGCAGGACAGCUGGGAGUGCCUGUGGAGGAGGGAAUGAGCAGCACCCCUCUAGAGAUAUCCUACUUCAACGACAAAAGAAUAAAAACAGUGGUGUGUGGAGGAAUGCACUCUCUUGCCCUAUCUAUCGACGGCUCUCUCUACUCCUGGGGAUGCAACGACGAAGGAGUGCUGGGAAGAGAGGGAAACGAAGAAGAGCCAGCGCCUGUGCUCUUCCCCCACCCUGUGCAUAUUAAAAAAGUCGUGGCAGGAGACUCUAUUUCAGCAGCAGUAGACAUCUAUGAUAACCUAUGGACCUGGGGGCUAUUUAGAGGGCCGGGAGGAGUGAUAGGACACUCUCUUAACACAGACGGCUCUGUCAACAAGAUGAUCAGAGUGCCUACAGUGGUGCCCAACAUCAAAGUGUCCGCAGUGGAGGCAGGGUGCAACCAUCUCUCUGUAAUAGACUCAAAAGGCAGACUUAUCACCUGGGGAGACGGCGAGAACUGCAAGCUGGGAAGAGUGCUCAGCAAAAGAGCCAAGGCAACUGACGCCCUGCGCCCAGGAAUCGCCCUAAACAGCGUAAGCGCAGUGGCAACAGGAGCAUACCAUACACUAGCUGUAAGAAGAGUCUCAGAGACAGGAGAUAAAGCAAAGGGCAGUGACAAACAGUGCCUAUACACUGAAGGCUGCUUCUUUACUAUGCCUAGUGGAGAGGUAUAUCUGUACGACCAGAACAGAGAGAAUAUCAAAGAAAGCACGGGAAGAAAGAAAAAAGGUGACAGCUACAGCAGCGAGCUCGUAAGCGAGAAUAAAAAGAGAAAGGUCUUUGUAGAGUCUAAGCACAAAAUGGUCAAAAGAGAAGAGCAUCCUCAGACACUAACUAUAUUCCCUCCCAAGAGCAUGCCAGUCCACAUGACUAGUGAUGGCGUGAUAACAGAGGACGAGAGAGCUCCCACUGUCUAUCUCCCGUGUAGUAGAGAAUAUCCUGCUACUACAGCUUCUCUGGAAAGUGACCAGAACGCAUCGCAGAAUGGUAAGGACAAAAAGACAGGAGUGUACACCUAUUUAUCAUACGCGGAGGAAGUACAGAAUAGCUCGCAGGAGAAAGGAAAGAAAAGUAAAGAGAAUGACCUAGAGUACGUGUCGUUUGAUGAAGUGCAGAGAAUGGCUCUAUUUGACAGAAGAAGAAAGAAGAUAUCAGCUAAAGAAGAAGCAAAGAAGAUAAAGCUCUCUUCCUCGGGAGUAAAUAACUACGGACAGUCUCCCUUCUCUUCCGCCUCUUCUGCAGCCUCUGACUCUUCAGGCUCUGCUGCCCUCUGGGGUAGGUGGACAGAGUGCAGCCCAGGCAAUGGCCCUGUUUCCUUCAAAAAGGGCAUGGGAGGUGAGCACAGCACGCAUGUAUUGGACAGCGAAGGCACUUUGUGGGCAGUGGGUAGGAAUACCUUUGGACAGCUCGGGGUAGGUGAUUCUAAAGACAGAAAGGUCUUUACUAAGUGUCUUCUCUCGGGCGUAGAUGACUUCUCGGUCACUGCCUCGCACACGCUCGCUCUGAAGCAGGGAAAGGUCUUCAGCUGGGGAUUCGGCGAUGAAGGACAGCUGGGAUACGAGGCAGAGAAUCAGACUGUCCCCAGAGAGGUUGACCUGAGGGGAGAAGUGGCCAUCAGUGUGGGCGCAGGAGGACAGCACUCAGCAGCUGUUACUGUAGUGGAUGCAACAGAAACAGAAACAGACAACAGUAUGUGUAUAUUUGGUAUACAGCAGUAG